AUGUCUUCCCGAUCCCUAUGGAGAAGUUUACGUCUUAGCACGAGAAGGGGUGUCAGCGCCCCGGAGACGCCCUAUCGCUGCUUCUCCUGUGCCCGACGAGUGCAAGCCGAGCCCAAGACGGACCACGAGCGAAUGACCCAUUUCGGCUUUACGAAUGUUCCUGAAUCACAAAAAGAGUCCAUGGUAAGGACGGUUUUCAGCUCGGUUGCAUCGUCUUACGAUACUAUGAACGAUUUCAUGUCGCUCGGAAUCCAUCGCCUCUGGAAAGAUCACUUUGUUCGCUCCUUAAACCCCGGGUCGGCACUACCCUCUCGCGACACCGACACAACCGGUCGAGGCUGGAAUAUCUUAGACAUCGCCGGCGGGACGGGCGAUAUCGCAUUUCGCAUGCUGGACCACGCAACAAACAUUAAUCAUGACCAGGAGACACGGGUCACGAUUGCAGAUAUUAACCCUGAAAUGCUGGCGGAGGGUAAGAAACGGAGCAUCCAGACUCCCUACUACAACACCAAACGGCUGUCGUUCAUGGAAGGAAAUGCGGAACAUAUGCCCGACAUUCCCGACGACUCGGUAGACCUGUACACCGUUGUCUUCGGAAUUCGAAAUUUCACCGACAAACAGGCUGCUCUGGUCGAGGCCUUUCGGGUAUUGAAGCCCGGCGGCGUGUUCGCUUGCAUGGAAUUCAGCAAGGUCGACAACAGCCUCUUCAAUGCGGUUUACAAACAAUGGAGCUUCAGUGCCAUUCCCAUGAUCGGCCAACUGGUAGCAGGGGAUCGUGACAGCUAUCAGUAUCUAGUGGAGAGCAUCGAAAAGUUCCCCAGCCAGGAAGAAUUCCGAGGAAUGAUCCAGAAGGCCGGGUUUAUGAUCCCUGGACGAGGAUUCGAAAACCUGACCGGAGGUAUUGCGGCCAUUCACAAGGGAAUCAAACCGCUUUCCCACCGCGCUUGA